AUGGCGGCGCCAUGUGGUUGUUCGUGUAAGAUCGGUCCUUCCAUUCUGAACGCGGAUUUAUCGUGUCUGGCUGAUGAAUGCCAUAAAUUUCUGCAAUGUGGCGCCGACUACUUGCAUCUAGAUGUGAUGGAUGGACACUUUGUUCCAAAUCUGACGUUUGGUGCUCCAGUGGUGAAAUGCUUGAGAAAAAAGAUCCCUAAUGCUUUCUUUGAUAUGCACAUGAUGGUUGCUAAACCUGAACAGUGGGUACAAGAUAUGGCAGAUGCUGGUGCUGAUCAGUACACUUUUCAUUUAGAAGCGACAGAGAAACCAAUGGAGCUUAUCCAACAAAUCAAGGCAGCUGGGAUGAAGGUUGGUAUAGGAAUCAAACCUGGUACUCCAGUAGAACAAGUGUUACCAUAUGCCGAACAUGUUGACAUGGUGUUAAUCAUGACCGUUGAACCUGGAUUUGGAGGACAAUCAUUCAUGGCCGACAUGAUGCCCAAGGUGGAAGUUCUUAGACACAAAUACAGAGAGUUGGACAUAGAGGUUGAUGGGGGUGUUGGACUAUCUACCAUUGAAGCAGUUGGCAAGGCUGGUGCAAAUAUGAUUGUUUCUGGAAGUGCAGUAGUAAAAAGUGACAACCCGAGACAAGUUAUUGCUGUGAUGAGAGAUACGAUAGAGAAAUGGCUGAAAGGGAACUACGAAGCAGAAAGAUAGCAUACCGUAUCUGUGAUUUCACACACCACUUGAAGUUCAUCGAUCUCAUCAAAAAUACCCAUGCUAUAUUUAUUUACCAUAUAAACACCUAUGCAUUUAUUGGUGCUCGAGAUACCCAAUCAUCUUGGUUGUAGUGGUUGCUAUUGCUGGGUUUCAAUCAACAGAUAAAAGGCUAUAAAUCAAGAAUUUGCUCCAAAAGGUAGUCAGACACUGACCACCAUGUGCUGUCAGCCAGAAAGAAUUCAAUCGUUUGAAGUGUCAUGCUUUUGAAUAGACCUCUUUGCUUCGGGCGUUACUUUUUUCCUAUUUCAGACCACUUGUAAUGAUCUAAUGUAUCAUUUCUUUGUUUGAUCGGCUUGAGAAGACACAUGAAUAUCAUCAUGUCAAGUCUCCUCGGGAGACAUGUUGGGUGAUGGGUGGCGUACGCGGCUAACGCGUCGUCUUUCACCGCUGUAAAACCGACGGGUCGGGUUGGAGCCAUGCGGUCGCCACAUGUGAAUUGAGCUUGUUUCAAGGGCGGAUCCAGGGGGGAUUGCGACCCCCCUGUCAUUUCUGAGGUCAAAUGGGUUUCCUGUGGUAAAA